AUGUUCGCAAUCCAAUGUGAGGGAACCCCUUAUGAGGUCGGUUUCCAGCAUGGGGCGGCUCUUACUGCGCAGAUCCAGGAUAGCGUUGAUUUUUACACCUGGAUGUUCAAGAAAUAUACCGGCAAAGACUGGAAAGAUAUUCUGGUCGUCGCCGAGGAGUUCGCGGGUCAGAUUGGACAUCGAUGGCCGAGGUUUUAUGAUGAGAUCAGAGGAAUUGCCGCAGGCUCGGGCCACAGCAUUGAAGACAUUGUUGCAUUGAACGUCAGAACAGAGAUUGCGUACGGGCUACUGGCCGCGUAUAUCAAUGUGCCCGUCGACGGAUGCACGACGCUGUUCUGGAGAACCGGGGAGAGUGUCUUCUUGGGGCAGAAUUGGGACUGGAUGGAGCAGCAAAAAAGGAACGCUGGGUUGAUGACCAUCAAGUCUCCGGGAUUACCGACCCUUAAGAUCAUGACCGAGGCAGGAAUCAUUGGCAAGAUCGGAAUGAACUCAAGCGGCGUAGGAAUCUGCAUGAACGCCAUACGAUCUACCGGCUAUGACAGUGGGCGCAUCCCCGUGCAUCUUGCCAUGCGUAUGGCGUUGGAAUGCCAGACGGCGACCCAAGCAGCAGAACUGCUCCAGAACAUCGGCGUUGCAGGCUCUGUGCACCUCCUGGUUGCAGAUGUCAGCAAUGCUUUCAGCUUCGAAUUCACUUCCAAAACAUGCCUUCGCCUGCGUGCCGACAAUGAACACCGAAUCUUCCACAGCAACCAUAUGAUCGAAAAGCACGAGGGCAUCUGUGAAGACCCUGAAGCAGACUCGUUUCCAAGGCUGCAGCGCAUGCGACAGAUUGCCGAUGAGCAGCUGCUGGCAGGCGGAGUCAAGAGCCUAAGCAGCUUCCAAACGCUGUUUGACGACCAUGACGGGUUUCCAGUUUCGAUUUGCAGGUUUCAGGAAGGCGUCAGUGAAGAUGCGACGCUGUUUAACAUUGUGAUGGACUUGAGCAAGAAGGAGGCGCUUGUCACAUUUGGCAAGCUGUGCAAGCCCGAGGGCGUGUACAGUGUAGCAUUUGAUGCGUAA